AUGUCAAUUCCACGUCCAAUCAGACGACCCGCCAAACACCCGUCGCCGUGAAUUUAUCGAGCAGCACCAGCAUCGAACCCGCUCACGAGACAUCGCCGCUCUCUUUAUUUACCUGAAACCGGUCGCGCAGAGCCCAUGUUCGGUUUCUUGUCGACACCCUGCAGCCCGGGUCCCUGUCCACAGUAGUCAACCGCUGGCCAACUUUCUUCUUCUUUCCUACUACCCAGCCGAACUCUCGAGGCCGCAUGCGCGACCCGAUAUCAUCAACUCCGGACACCUGUUACCAGCCUGGGGAUGGUUGACGGGGACUUCGCAAGACUGCUCGCUACCCUUGCCGGUACAUCUCAGACAGAACAGCUCAGCGGUUCCCCCUUUCCGCCCAUCUCCUUUCUCUUUCAGACUUAAUAGCCUCCUUACCGAUGAACCAUCCCCGUGGAUAGCAUAAAGACUGCGAGAUAUUAACAUCACGAUGGACCGGAAAAAGACCGAAGAUACGGAACAGGAAUCUAUCCGGCCCGUAUCUUCACUCCUGUCGCAUUUCGAGAACUUAGCCCAAUCCAAACGAGAUCGCAAGGCUCCAGAUGCGCGCGAUGCCUCGUCGAGCUUACUGAAGACGCCAGCCUCGAAUGAUGACAUCCCCCUUGGUCGUGCUUCCCUGGACUUACCGCGCCCCGAGCCACCAUGGGUACCGUCUCGGCCUGGACGCCAAAACACAGUUGCAGCGCCUUUGCAGCCGGCGCAGACUGGGGAUUCACCGAGUAGACGACGGUUCGGUCGGCCACUGUCAAUGCACUUCCACUCUACCUCCCCGCGAGGCCCUAUCCUCACCGUCGAAUCGCCACGAUCUCCUCCUUCCAAUGGUAUCACUUCGCCCCGGAGGAGUUUCUUUCACAGUUCGCGAAAUGAUAGGGAUUUACAUGGCACGUCCCCCCCAAUGCAACGCAGCCCUAACCGCUCGCCAAUUCGACCAAAACCCUCUUUACUUGACUCGCCAGGCAUAGUUGUUUCCGACGGGAGAAGGUCGGCCGAUAGAGAUGAGGAUGUUAGCAAAGGCCCUAAGAGCUUUUCGCAACCUCCGCCUGUGAACAGGGCAGAAAAACCUAAGAUACCAGCUAAAAAGCCAGGGAUUGUGGGGAGCUUAGACACCCAUACGAACUCCUUCCUUGUUUCGUCCCAGAGGACUUCGUUCGAGGACAGAGUAUCUCCGUUUAGCACGCCACCUAGUAGCCCUGAAAAGUCCCCUCCACUGUCGGCCGCCCGAGGACGGGGAUCGAAUCUCCUUUCGUCGUCUCCAUCGUCUCUUGAUUCACCAAGCAAUCAACCCCGGCUCGAACCUCGAUCCUCGCCGCGACCACUUGGCGGGCAUAUCAGAGAAACAAGUCCUUCAACUCAAACGAAACCGAAGCCUAUUCCUAACCGAGAUACGAAACCGCCACCACCUCCUCCCCCAGUGAAGAAAGGGGGAACAUUUCCAAGGAGUUCCAGACCGAUACAAACCCUUGCUGAGAAACUUGCUACCAGUGACGAGCCGGAAGACAGACCUGGUUUGCCUCCGCGAUCGAAAUCUCCCUCCUCUCGAAGAGCUCCCUUGCCUCGUCCCAUUCCGCACUCAAGCCCGGAUAGCUCAAGCCAUCCAUCUCCAUUAUCGGUCUCACCGCAACUCCAAGAGGGAGGCCACAUACAAUCGCUGCGGGUUCUAAAUGGCCAAUCUACCGUGAAGUUUCCCCCGCCUCCUCCCCCUCGAAGAGAUAGUAAUUUGUCAAUACGAAUCUCAUCCGAGGGUCACAAUUCAACGCCACAAACCCCAAUGUCACCCGUUCCUCCUCGACUGCCAACGAUUCCCUCAAAUGCAUCUUCAAAGCUUCACAUUUCGAGCGUGCCCCGCGAAGAAGUCGCAGAGCCGCGUUCUCUCUCAGACGAGGCCAGCAUUCCUAGGAUGGAUUAUCCAGAUGCUUCGCAUACGAACCGUCGCGCACCGGUUUUUCGCACAGGGACCCGUGGUAUCCAUACAAAACACGAUACUAGAAUAUUCGACGUUUGCGGGUCAUACGCAUGUAGCACCGGUUUCUUCACCAAGGUGUGGAAUCUUGUGACAGGUGAACAGAUCGUGAACUUAAGCCAUGGAGAAUCUGUGAAAGGUCUGUCCAUCGCGUUCAAACCAGGAAGAACCGUGGAUGAAGAAGGUAAAGCGGUAUGGAUCGGACUGAACACCGGGGAAAUCUGCGAAGUCGAUAUUACCACACAAGCUAUUAUCUCGUCCAGGUUCUCCCCUUCUCGGAGGGAAAUCAUCAAGAUAUACCGUUACAAAAAAGAACUCUGGACUCUUGACGAUGAUGGGAAGUUGCUUGUUUGGCCUCCAGAUGAAUCCGGCUCGCCGAAUCUUCAAUACAGCUACAACCAUCCUUACGACAGAGUUCCAAAAGGGCCCACAUUUUCGAUGGUUGUGGACGGCAUCCUGUGGUAUGCAACUGGGAAAGAAAUCAGGCUAUAUAGACCAAACAAAGACGAUGAUUCCUUUCAAGUACUCAGAUCGCCUCUGGGAAAAGUGCAUUCUGGGGAUGUAACCUCCGGCACUGCCUGCACGAAACGAGGCGUGGUGUAUUUGGGACAUGCUGAUGGGAAGGUUACGAUGUAUUCUUCCCGAGAUUUCACAUGCCUAGGGACUGUCAACGUUAGCGUGUAUAAGAUCAGUUCACUUGCUAUGGUCGGCGACUAUCUUUGGGCGGGUUAUAAGACGGGUAUGAUAUAUGUGUACGAUAUAUCUACAGACCCCUGGACGGUGAAAAAGGAUUGGGAAGCGCAUCACCACGGUGUCUGUGGGAUGUUACUUGAUCAUAGUAGUAUUUGGACGGUAAACAGGCUUCAGGUUGUCUCUUUGGGCGUUGAUAACUACAUUCGCGCCUGGGAUGGAAUGCUGGAGGAUGACUGGCUCGAAGCAAAGAUGCAAGGUCGAGAUGUGGAAUAUUGCGAAUUUCGUGAGAUCACUGCUGCUGUCUUGACAUGGAACGCCGGGGCAGCGGUACCAGGAAAUCUUCCCAACAGCAAUUUUAUAGGAGAUGCAAUCCAUCCAGAAAAUCCACCGGAUAUCUUGGUCUUUGGCUUCCAGGAGCUUGUUGACUUGGAGAAUAAGAAGAUCACAGCAAAAAGCUUGCUCAAAGGCAGUAAAAAGAAAGACCACGAUAUGGAGCAUGUGAGCCGGCGAUAUCGCGUUUGGAGAGACCACCUUGCGAUGUGCAUCCGCGAAUUCAUGCCACUAGAUACUACUUACGUAUUACUCCACACCGCAAGCCUCAUUGGGUUGUUUACCUGUGUAUUUGUAAAACAGGACGAGCGCCAGAGAAUCACGAACAUAAGCGCUGCAGAGGUCAAGCGAGGAAUGGGUGGUUUGCACGGAAACAAGGGCGCUCUUAUUCUUCGGUUUAUCCUGGACGAUACUUCCGUUUGCUUCGUCAACUGUCACCUGGCAGCUGGUCAAACUCAAACCGCUCAUCGUAACAAUGACAUUGCUGCGAUAAUGGAGAGCGAGUCACUCCCAAUGGAGCCAAGUUCCUCGGCACGCAUUGACCGUUUCGUUGGAGGCGGCGACGGGUCCAUGAUUCUCGACCAUGAGAUCUGCAUCUUGAAUGGGGAUCUUAACUACCGUAUUGAUUCAAUACCUCGGAAUACCGUUCUUGAGGCCAUUAAGGCAAACAACCUACCUAAACUCCUUGAUCGAGAUCAGUUACUUGCAUCUAAACGCAAAAACCCUGGCUUUCGGCUACGCUCCUUCAAUGAAGCACCCAUUACGUUCGCUCCUACGUAUAAGUACGAUGUCGGCACCGAUAAUUAUGACUCCAGCGAGAAGAAACGCUCACCGGCUUGGUGCGAUCGGCUUCUUUACCGUGGUGUUGGCAGAAUAAAGCAAUUACAAUACAGACGGCAUGAAGUCCGCGUGUCCGACCAUAGGCCUGUUAGUGGUCUAUUUAAGAUGCGAAUCAAAACCAUAUCACCCAAGCAGCGUACUGCCGUCUGGGAGGUCUGCCAGGCUGAGUUUCUCAAGGAAAAACGGCGACUUGCAACGGAGGCGAGCAUUGAUUAUCUUGUUCGUGUCCUUGGGGCAGAUCCGAAGGAAGCCGAGUCCCUGAUCUCUUCUCCAAGAACUUGAUUACAGCUCCAUUUCGCGACCUCGUGUCAUAUAUCUUACCGCGCAUUUGGUUCUUCCCGAUCUGCGACAGGAAUACCUGAUAUACGUCGGCCUCCACUUAUUUUAGGGCCCGUUUCCUUUCAUUAAGUAAACAUGUGCUACGAAUUAAUGAUCAAUAGAAUACCUGCAUUAUGACGGAUACACACCAUCGAAUACCAAGAAUUAAACCGAUUUCUCUUUUGUUCCAUCUUCCUUUCUUGGCUUCCUUUGGAUGUUGUGGAGGGACUUUUUCUCUUCGACUUACAAUGUGUACAACAGACUCGUCACUUUGCUCCUAUAUCUUUUAAUCAGUGUUUAAUGGUCCCUAGAGGUUUACUGGUUCGUUCGCUUAGGAAAGGUCUGCUGCGUGCAUUCCUGGCUUGAGUGUUAAUU